CUGUUGACGUUUAAACUUUUUUUUUAUUACAUUUAUGUUAACGAGGCAAAGGCAUCCAACACACAGCCUGUUCUAUAUACCACGGAGGAAUAUAAAAACGGAAUGUCGCUUGAUGAGGCAAUCAGUAGACAUCGAUAACACACAAAGAUGAGAGUUCUGAUCGUCGCCGCCCUUGUAGCCUGCGUGUCAGCGGCGCCAAGCUUGCUGCCUUACGGUGCUUUCCCAAUCGCACCCUGGACACCCUACUCAGCAUUCCCAGUUGCACCCAUCGCACGCGUGUCACCCUACGCAGCGCUGUCGGUAGCACCCGUGGUCGUGGCGCCGGAGGUACCCGCUGGUGACAUCCAAGCUGCUGCUAUUGAUGCUCAGGUUAAAAUCGCCGAUCAAGCCCGAUCCUUAGCCGACCAAGCGAGAGAGCUGGCUGAACAAGCCGCCGAGAACAAAGACGAGGGCGUAGUAGAAGCCAACGACUUGGCCCAAGAGAAAUCCGGAGAAGCUUUCUGGGCUGCUGAAGAACAGAAAUGGCAAGCUCUCAACGCAGCACAAAUCGCUGAGGCGAGACUAGCAAGCGAAUCCGCCGCUCAAAUAGCACCCGAGGCUGCUGCCGAAGAGAAAUCUGAAACAGCUGAAGUCAAAAGCGAAACAGGUGAAGUUAAGGCUGAGGAGAAAUCCGAAGUGAAAGCCGCUGAAAUUGAAAAGGUUGAGGAAGUCAAAGAAGUUAAAGAGGAGGAGAAGAAAGAUGAUACAGUUGAAGUCAAAUCAGCCACUCCAGAAGAAACCAAAGCAGAUGAUCCUUUCGCUGCUUACAAAUCGGGAGUACUGGCGCCGGUAGCCGUAGCAUCUCUUAAUCUGCAUCCCUAUGUUACCCCGAUCUCCUACCAAGCCGCCUACAGAUCAUCAUUCCCGGUCGCAGCUGUCCCUAACCCAGCGUUCCCCUACUAUCAGCCAGCUAUCGCUGUUAAGCACGCCUGGUAAUAAAUACAUCACUAAAAGACUAAUAAAUUGUAAUUAAAGUUA